UUAACAGCAUGUUCCAAUAUUCAGUUACCAUUAAAAGACGAGUCAGAUACUGGGGACCCAUUUUCGUUUCUAUCUGCUGAGAUGCAAUUGGAAGUACUAUUAUCUGAUGACUGUGCCAAGUGUGUUCAGCACCAAAGUGGUCAAUGUCAACUUGACACCCAAGGCAAAUUUUAUUGCGCCAAAAAUAAAAGAUCGGCUCAAAAGCUAGAACUAGGGAUUGCACUCCCGCUCUUUUCUAUAAUUGGGUUGUUGUUGAUUCUAUGGCGUUGCAAAGCAAAACGCGGUAUUGUUCUUUCCUCAAAUCCAGAACCAGAGAGUUGCAGUGUAUACUUUGGGGUCCCUGUCUUCUCCUAUAAGGACCUUCAAGUGGCUACAAAAUAUUUUGACCCUUCAAGAGUUCUUGGUGAUGGAGGCUUUGGUACUGUUUACUAUGGAAAACUCAAAGAUGGACGUGAAGUUGCCAUCAAGCACUUAUACGAGCACAACUCUCGGCGAUUAGAACAAUUCAUGAAUGAAGUUAAGAUCCUAACGCGUUUGCGACAUGUAAAUCUCGUGUCCCUCUAUGGCUGCACUUCAUAUCACAGCCAUGAAUUGUUGCUUGUGUAUGAAUACAUUCCAAAUGGCACUUUAGCAAGUCUUCUGCACCAUGGAUCAUCAAGAUCUAGCUUUCUUCCUUGGCCUAUUAGAAUCAAAGUUGCCAUAGAAACUGCAACUGCACUGGCUUAUCUCCAUGCUUCCGACAUCAUUCACCGCGAUGUCAAGACCAACAACAUUCUUCUAGACAACAGUUUUUGUGUUAAGGUUGCGGAUUUUGGGAUGUCAAGAUUGUUUCCAAAUGAUGUGACACAUGUAUCCACAGCUCCACAAGGCACCCCUGGCUAUCUUGAUCCGGAAUAUCACCAAUUCUAUCAGCUUACGAGCAAGAGUGAUGUGUAUAGUUUCGGGGUUGUGCUCAUUGAGCUUAUCUCUUCUAAGCCUGCUGUUGAUAUGAGUAGGCAUAAGGAUGAGAUUAGCUUGGCGAAUCUAGCCAUAAACAAGAUUAGAAAAGGUGCAAUUGGAGAGCUUGUUGAUCCUUUCCUUGGGUUUGAGUCAGAUAGUGGCAUAAGAAGGGAAAUAGUUAUGGUGGCAGAAUUGGCAUUUCAGUGUUUGCAAAGGGACAGAGAAUUGAGGCCCUCCAUGGAAGAGGUGUUGGAGGCACUGAGGAGAACAGAGAUUGGGAAGGAAGAGGCUGAGAUUUCACAUGGUGAUGUGCUUUCAGCAGAUGAUGAUGAAGAAGAGAUGAAAGUGUUGAAUGGGAUGAAGGCAACACCAUCCCCUAAGGCAGUGACUGAUAAGUGGGAUAGUGAAUCAUCUAUUACACCCAAUAUCAGUUCACAAUCAACCAACCAAUCUAAUGUUGAUGUUCGGAUUAGUUCACUUAAUCUAGAAAAAAUGAAGUAGCGGGGUCUGUUGAUGAUGAAUUGUUGAUGAUAACACAUAAUUUUGUUAAUGAACUUAAAAAAAAAUGCAAAUCACUUCCUAAUGAAUUGACAUAUAGUUAAAACAAAUUGUUUUAAGCGGGGUGUAGUAAUAUUUUAGAAGUUUUUAAUUGAAGUUUAGACUUUAAAGUAAUGAG